GCAGUGGACCCAUCCACUGGACGGGAGACGGCUGGGAAUUCAAACUUUCCGACCCAGAUGAGGUGGCCAGGCGAUGGGGCAAGAGGAAAAACAAACCCAAGAUGAACUACGAGAAGCUGAGCCGUGGCUUACGUUACUACUACGACAAGAACAUCAUCCACAAGACGGCCGGGAAACGCUACGUCUACCGUUUCGUCUGCGACCUGCAGAGCCUUUUGGGUUACACACCUGAGGAGCUCCACGCCAUGCUGGAUGUCAAGCCAGAUGCUGAUGAGUGA